AGAGCCGACAACCCGCUGCCCCGCCAGCAGCCGAUACCCCCCUUGUUUCGAAAGCCGACAAUUCUCUGCACCGCCUGCAGAGCCGACAACUCUCUGCACCGCCUGCAGAGCCAAUAAUUCUCUGCACCGCCAGUAGAGCUGACAACCCGCUGCCCUGCCAGCAGCCAAUACCCCCCCUGUUUCGAAAACCGACAAUUCUCUGCUCUGCCAGCAGCCAAUACCCCUACCUCUCGAACGAAAAAGCAUACCCAGAUAAGCCAGGGCUCCCAUUACGGUUGAAUGCUUGGAUCAAGGCAUAUGAGAGGGAGGAGACCCUGCAGGAGACAGGGGAGGAUUCGAAACCUAUACGGGUAGAAGAGGACAAGAGGGCAACACGUAAGCGUCGCUAAGAAAGGAGAGCCUUAGGGCUCAGGGACGAGCCCUCCCUGUGAGGGGGGGUGAUGUGACGGUCCGACUCGGCUCCGACUCGGUGCUUCGGCCCGACUCGGCUCCGCCCAAGUCACAUAACCCUGCCUAGCGCCUUGGCAUAGGCACCCUGUGUAUAUAGAGAGCUCUUAGAGCAUCCUUCUGCUUCUUACCUUUAGAUAGCUAAAUUUAACUCAACCUACCCUGCU